AUGGAGCGACGAAAACGAAAAUCGUCAGUUGCGGAGUAUCUCGACAGGUUAAUGGAAAAUCCUGAUAAAGUACAGCGUUGUUCAGAGUUUCAUAUGCAUUUACGGACGUUUUACAAAAAGCGAUGGAAUUGUCGGUUGAAGUCUCCACAUAUUCAAGGUGUUGAAGUGGAUCUUUUUCGUUUAUACGACACUGUUAUUUCAAUGGGUGGAUGGCAAAAGGUUUCUUUUAAUGAGAAAUGGGGGGAUAUUGCUCGUGCGAUCGGUCUUACAAACGGUGUGGCAGUUGCCGAACAUGCAAUCAAAGUGCUUUAUAUGCGAUAUCUUUCAAAAUAUGAGCAAAAUGAAUUAGUUGGUGAAGUGGAUGAUGCAGAUUCAGAUCUUUUAAGUUCGAGAAGUCGAAGUAAAGGUUUUUCAUCGCUGGCUACUGCUGAUUGUCCAAUCAGUACCGGGCAGAGGCAAGCUUCAGAGUAUUUUCGAUUGCGGCCAGAAAAGAAAGAAGCAGAAUACGAUCGCAUUGUUAAAAGUCUUCUUUCUGGGUUGCCGAAUGAAGUGGAUUUCGCUGUAAACGUAUGCACUUUAUUAUCUCAUCCUGGACCUAGAGUUCUUCGACUUGUUGCUGCUCCACAGAUUAUCACACUUCUGAUUGCCCAUCUUGCAAUCUUCCCAGAUGGUGACCGGGCAUUUUACGACUUGUACAAAAGUUGGGAAUUGGUUUCUGGUCACAAUUUCAUUGCAUUUUGGAGUGGAGCUGGUAUCACUGAUGACGAAGUUCUCAAGCUUAUUCCUCAUAUCAGACCUUCUACGGUGUCGGAAGAAGAAAGUAAUAUAUUUUGUGGUUUGGACACUGAAUUUCAACCACGAAAUGUUGUAUCAUGGCGAGUACAGCAGGUCUUGUCAAUCAUAAGGAAUCUUUCCUUUGAAGUGAUUAAUAAAGCUAUUCUGGCAGCGAGUUGGCCUUUACUUAAAUUUCUUUUUAUUUGCUCGAAUUGUAAAUGGAGUAUGUUGAGGACAGCAGCGCUUGAUGCGUUAAGUAAUAUCGCUUGUGAAAUUGAUCUUAUGGCGGAGGAAUCAUCUUCUACCAAUCAUUUGUUGCUAAAAACGGUUUCAUGCUGUCUUCAUUCUGACGAUAAGUUUCGAGUAAUUCGAGCCCUCGAAAUUCUCUCCGGAUUGUGCAAUAAUGAGCGUAAUGAAUCUCUUAUCUGUGAAUUUCUCGAUCAUCGUAUUUUAUCCAAAAUAUUUACCGUGAUUUCCGUCAAGGAUAUCAUGAUGUGUGUUUAUACUCUGGAAUCUCUAUAUCAGAUCUCCGAAUUGGGAGCAACCGCUUGCUACCAAUUAUCUCGUUUUCCUCAUGCAAUUGAUACAUUGGUGUCUUUAGCAACAGUUGAAGCAGUUUCUUUUGGUCCAUCCGGAUUGAUAGGAAUGAAAGUGGUUGAAUUUCAUGGCCCAUCACAGCUUGCCCCUCCACCUCCACAAAAUAUAUCAAUAUCUCAAAAUCAGACAGUCAGGCCAGGUUCCUUCACAACACCUACGCAUUCCACGAGUUAUUCGUCCAGGUUGAUAACUCCACGCGGCACUUCCAAUACAUCAACACCAAUAAUUGGAGAUUCUAAGGUUGAGCAAUUGACUGCAAAGUGGAUUCGAAUGAAUUGUAUUUUUGAAAUGGGCAGUGUGGUGCCUCGUGGAGAAUUAUAUGCAAGCUAUGUUGAUGACCUUCGGCACCGUUAUGGCGCUCUUUCGGGCUCUGUUCAAACUUUUACAAAUAUCAUGAGAGCGGUGUAUCCAAAUGUCAUACUUCGAGUUCAGUCCUCAUCUGGUAGUAAUAUGCCAUUUUUUGAAAAUAUAAAGAUGUGUCGAUUGAAUCCGAAUAUGAGUAGCCAUGAAAAUCUUGUUGCCUCUACAAACACAGAUUCUCAUACAUCUUUGGUAGCGAAUCAUCCGCUUGUGCAGAAAAUGCUCACAGAUAACGCGAAUGCUCCAGCAAUUUUAAAUGGCCAUACUACAGUUACCGUAGUUGCUGCUGCUCCAACCGUUGACAAGAAAUCAAUGAAAGAAACAGCUAACAAUAAUACAUCAACAGUUUUACCGGCGUCAUAUCUUUCGGAGAACACAAUACGUCCUAGUUCCUCUCAUAUAGCAAAUGCACAACCUUCAACCAGCUUGUCACUUGGCCAACAGGUACAUAACCAAGUACAAUCCAAAAGUGCUAUUGCAAGGCGUAUGAAUGGAGUAUGUGAUAGUCGAGCUAUAAAUAGUGAAAAUGUGAAACCGGUGGUAAAUAUUGUAAAGGCGAGUGCUGAUACUCAGGUAGUACAUCCCACGACAUCUACAGUGAGGAGCACUCGUGAUGAUGAUUGUGAUUCACUGAAAUCUUGUUCAUCUACACCUUGUUCUCCAGUCUCUGUGAAGCGGCGUCGGGUAUCAGCCUGUUCCAACAGCAGACCAACUACAUCUUCAGCUGACAGUGACGAUUAUUUGUGUGAAUGGAACGGAUGUGGGAAGCACUUUUCAUCCGCAUCUUUUGUUCUUUAUCACUGUACCAAGGAACAUGUUGGCGAAGAUCAUAACAUACAGUGUCACUGGCCACGAUGUGAUUCAACAGUGCGCGCCAAAUGGUCUAUGGUGACGCAUUUACAAGAUCACCAUUGCAAUGAAGUUGCUCUGAAAGCUGCUGCCAAAAGACGAAAAGAAGGCCACGGUUUACCUUUAGGGCCAGUUAAUCCGGAAAGACCACGAGAAAUUGUGCAACAUCCGGGAUAUUCAAAGAAUGCAGCUGUUGAAGCAAUCCGGCGGCAUGCCUUUAAUUAUCUUCCCCGUGAUAUCACGGAUGAUCCUGAAGGACCCGUGACAAAAAGUAUUCGUUUGACCAGCUGUCUUAUCCUUAGAAAUUUGGCGCGUUAUUCAAGCGAUGGGAGACGACUUCUUCGCCGGCACGAACGUCUGCUUAGCUGGUUAUCAUUGUCGCGUGUGGAAAGUAGCUCAGCAUUAGCACAACUUCUUGCUGAACUGUAUUCUCAGCCGUCUUCGUCUUCCCCUCACUAUUCAUCCUCAUCCUCAUCACCUCAUCGUACUUAUGUGCCAACUGCAUUAAAUGCUGUAACAGUUGCAAAAGCCUUAUGA